ACCGUAGCGACGCCGCGGUCCGCCGGGUCUCCAGCGCUCAGUCCGCGCCGCAUGUGGUGCUUGUAUGCAGAGCGAUGACUUGUAAGUGGCGCGGCCGCGCGCUGCAGCUCGAGUUCGGGCCGCGGGGGGAGGCUUUGGAGCGGCGCCGGCGGUGGCUCGGCCGGCUCAGCCCCUCCGCCUCGCGUCCCCGCCGUGCGCGGCCUUCCCUGAGGCGGGCGUCCGCGUGGGUCCGGGAUCGCGUGGCCGGGCGGCCGGGCGCACUCCCGGGAUUCCAGGCUUCCGGGGUGGCGGGCGAGGCCCAGAAAGCACCAGGCCACCCGGCCGCGCCGGCACCCGCCGCGUCCUGCUUGACAGAGGCUGAUGGACGUGUAUUUCUCCACGGUGUGGGCCGCGGUGGUAGGAUCCAACUCCCUUGGGUGUUUUCAAGUUGCGUGACCUCCUCCAGCCCCGCCCUGCACAAAGCUUUCCGCCUGGCCCUCAUCCAGCUUCAGAUUUCUUCCAUCAAAUCAGAUAACGUCACUCGCGCUUGUAGCUUCAUCCGGGAGGCAGCAACGCAAGGAGCCAAAAUAGUUUCUUUGCCGGAAUGCUUUAAUUCUCCAUAUGGAACAAAAUAUUUUCCUGAAUAUGCAGAGAAAAUUCCUGGUGAAUCCACACAGAAGCUUUCUGAAGUAGCAAAGGAAUGCAGCAUAUAUCUCAUUGGAGGCUCUAUCCCUGAAGAGGAUGCUGGGAAAUUAUAUAACACCUGUGCUGUGUUUGGGCCUGAUGGAACUUUACUAGCAAAGUAUAGAAAGAUCCAUCUGUUUGACAUUGAUGUUCCUGGAAAAAUUACAUUUCAAGAAUCUAAAACAUUGAGUCCGGGUGAUAGUUUCUCCACAUUUGAUACUCCUUACUGCAGAGUGGGUCUGGGCAUCUGCUACGACAUGCGGUUUGCAGAGCUUGCACAAAUCUACGCACAGAGAGGCUGCCAGCUGUUGGUAUAUCCAGGAGCUUUUAAUCUGACCACUGGACCAGCCCAUUGGGAGUUACUUCAGCGAAGCCGGGCUGUUGAUAAUCAGGUGUAUGUGGCCACAGCCUCUCCUGCCCGGGAUGACAAAGCCUCCUAUGUUGCCUGGGGACACAGCACCGUGGUGAACCCUUGGGGGGAGGUUCUAGCCAAAGCUGGCACAGAAGAAGCAAUCGUGUAUUCAGACAUAGACCUGAAGAAGCUGGCUGAAAUACGCCAGCAAAUCCCCGUUUUUAGACAGAAGCGAUCAGACCUCUAUGCUGUGGAAAUGAAAAAGCCCUAAAGUUUAUGUUUCUAAUGUGUCACAGAAUAGGAUGAUAUGAUUCUACAACAUAAUCAACUCCCUAUUAAAUUCUUUAAUGAAGAUUUUUUUUUAAA